AUGAUGAAGGAUGCGAAGCGCAAAGGACGACCAGCAAAGAAAAUGAACGAUACUGAACGAUAUCGAUUGCAGCGAGCAAACGUUGCACAAUUUGAAGAUUCUGGUGAAUAUCUUUUCGCAAUUAGCGGUAGCAGUGACUCUGUUCAGGCGAAUGAUGUAUGGCUGGUCGACGCAGGGGCGACUCAGCAUAUGACAAGCUCGAAGAAAUUCAUGAGGAACUACAAGGCGUUUUCUCCUAUUGACGUACAACUGGCAGACGACGAAAUCGUACAAGCUAUCGGCAGCGGCGACAUUGUCAUGUCAAUGGAGACUUCGCACGGAAUAAAGAAGGGUGUGCUGACAAAUGUGUGGCACAUUCCCACGUUGUCAAGAAAUUUAUUCUCAGUUGGGCGCUUCACCAAGGACGUUGGGCCUGUUAUCUUCGGCAAGGAAGGAUGCUUCGCCGAGACAAAAGGUGUCAAGUGGAGGAUUGUCAAAUCUACGACAAUCAAUAAGGAUAUGUCAUAUCUGUGGCAUCUUCGUCAUAUUGGACAUGACGGGUUGAGCGCAAUCAUCAAGAAGAAUUUCGCUACUGGUAUCGAUAUUGCGUCUGUAAACAAGUGGGAGAUUUGUGAUGGCUGUGCGCUAGGCAAGCAGACUCGUGUACGUUUUCGCUCAACGUCAGCGGAUCGGGCAAGCAAGCUUUUGGAAGUCAUACACAGCGAUGUGUGCGGUCCUAUGAAGACUUCAACAUUUCGUGACAAGCGCUAUUUUGUAACUUGCAUCGACGACAAUUCCAGAUAUUGCGUCGUGUAUCUGAUCAAGAAUAAGUCAAAAGUGGUGGACUAG